AAAAAAAUAGACGAAACAAAAGAAAAUCAAAAAAGAAAACCUAAACAAAAUAUCAAAACGAUGGAAGAAAACAAGGCGACGACGACGACGGAGAUGAACGAGAAUCUGAUCACCUCCUUCCUCGAGAUCACAUCAUCAUCACGAGAAGAAGCUACUUUCUUCCUCGAAAGCCACCGUUGGGAUCUCGACGCCGCCGUCUCCACCUUCCUCGACACCGACGCCACAGCCGCCGCCGCAGACGAUCUCCCAGCCGGUCCAAACCCUAGUUUACCUCCUCCUUCGAUCCCCGCCGCGUCUCCUCACUCUCCGGAUUACUCUCCGUCUGAAUCCUCUCCUUCUCGCUCGCGAUCUCCCUCUCCUCCUUCCCGCGACGCUCCCUACCGUCUCCGAUCGAAAGCCGCCGCCGCCUCCGCGAAUCAAGGAGCUGGUGGUAAUCCAUCGGGAAGCCGUACUACUAGGAGCCGUCAACAAGCUGGGAACAUCCGUACGUUCGCCGAUCUGAACCGUUCCCCCGCUGACGGCGCGGAUAGUGAUUCCGACGAAGGCCAAGAGUACUAUACUGGUGGACAGAGGAGUGGGAUGAUGGUUCAAGAUCCUACUAAGAAAGCAAAAGAUGUUGAUGCACUCUUUGAGCAAGCUAGGCUUUCAGCUGUGGACAGGCCUGUUGAGCCAUCGAGAUCAGCUUCUACAAGCUUCACUGGAGCUUCUAGGAUGUUAUCUGGUGAGCCUGUUCCCUCUGCUACUCCUCAGCAGCAGCAGCAGCAGCAAGACCAGCCUCAGUUGGUUAUGCACACCAUCACUUUCUGGAGGAAUGGUUUCACCGUUGAUGAUGGUCCUUUAAGGAGUUUUGAGGACCCCCAAAACGCUGCCUUUAUGGAGAGCAUUGCGAGGUCAGAGUGUCCCCGUGAACUUGAACCAGUAGAUAGGAAUAUCCGUGUUCAUGUUGAUCUCGUCAAGCGUGACGACAACUACAUAGAGCCACCAAAGCCGAAAAACUCAUUCCAAGGUGUGGGAAGAACCCUAGGAGCCAGCGGAUCCGGAUCAGCUGCAGCAGAGCCACAAGCUCCAUCCGCGCAAAUGAACACCGCGCCAGCACCAUCAGUAGGGCUAGUUGUGGACCAAGCAGCACCAACAACCUCGAUCCAGCUAAGGUUGGCAGACGGGACACGCCUUGUAUCCAGGUUCAACAACCACCACACGGUGAGAGACGUGCGUGGGUUCAUCGACGCUUCGAGACCUGGUGGCUCCAGAGAGUACCAGUUGCUAACCAUGGGGUUCCCUCCUAAACGGUUGACAGAAUUGGACCAAACCAUCGAGCAAGCUGGUAUAGCUAACUCGGUCGUCAUCCAGAAGUUCUUCUUGAGCAAAACAAGGAGAGGGACUUGUGUCCCUUUUUUUGGUAGAGAUAUGAUCAAGCAGAUAUUUGGGAAACUACCCAAAAAAACUUCCAAAUCAUCAUCCCAUCCAAACGGAGAAGGCGUCGUCGCUGUUAAUCCAUAUCACACCCCUCCUCCUACCUCAAACAGACCCAAUGGCGUUUACGAACCUCUCCCUAGCUUCAGAGACGUCCCCGCCUCCGAGAAACCCACUCUCUUCAUCAAGAAACUCACCAUGUGCUGCGUCCUCUUCGACUUCACCGACCCUUCCAAGAACCUCAGAGAGAAAGAGACCAAAAGACAGACUCUACUCGACCUCGUGGACUACAUCGCCACGGUUCCCACAAAGUUCACGGAAGCCGCGAUGCAAGAGAUCGCAAAACUCGCCACUAUCAACCUCUUCAGAACCUUCCCCACCGCCGCUAACCACGAGAGCAAAGUCUUGGAAACGCUAGACGGUGGGGACGACGAGGAGCUCGCCUUGGAGCCCUCCUGGCCUCAUCUCCAGCUCGUCUACGAGCUUCUCCUCAGAUUCGUCGCCUCCUCCAUGACUGACGCCAAGCUCGCGAAGAGAUACGUGGACCACUCCUUCGUCUUGAAGCUCUUGGAGCUCUUCGACUCCGUGGACCAGAGAGAAAGAGAGUAUCUAAAGACCAUCCUCCACCGGAUCUACGGUAAGUUCAUGGUGCAUCGGCCUUUCAUCAGGAAGGCCAUCAACAACAUCUUCUACAGGUUUGUAUUCGAGACCGAGAGGCAUAACGGUGUUGCAGAGUUGCUUGAGAUUCUUGGGAGUAUAAUCAACGGUUUCGCUUUGCCGUUGAAAGAGGAGCACAAGCUUUUCUUAGUCAGGGCGUUGAUGCCGCUUCACAGGCCUAAGUGUGCUGCUGCGUAUCAUCAGCAGCUCUGUUAUUGUAUUGUUCAGUUUGUUGAGAAAGACUCCAAGCUUGCUGAUACGGUCGUCAGAGGGCUGCUAAGGUAUUGGCCUGUGACUAAUACUUCUAAGGAAGUUAUGUUUCUUGGGGAGUUGGAAGAAGUCUUGGAAGGUACUCAAGCGGCUGAGUUUCAAAGAUGUAUGGUUCCUUUGUUCCGUCGAAUCGCUAGAUGCCUCAACAGCUCGCAUUUUCAGGUGGCUGAAAGAGCUUUGUUUCUGUGGAACAACGAUCACAUAAGGAACCUGAUUACUCAAAACCAUAAAGUGAUAAUGCCGAUCGUGUUCCCGGCAAUGGAAAGAAACAUGUGUGGACAUUGGAACCAGGCGGUGAAGAAUCUGACUUUGAAUGUGAGGAAAGUGUUGGCGGAGACAGACCAAGCUCUGUUUGAUGAGUGCUUAGCCAAGUUUCAAGAAGAUGAAGCGAGUAAACCCGAGGUUGCAGCCAAACGAGAAGCAACGUGGAAGCUUUUGGAAGAUUUGGCAGCUUCCAAAUCCGUAAGCAGCGAGGCAGUGCUGGUCCAAAGGUUUUCAUCAUCGGUUACUAUUACCACCUCAGGGAAAGCUUCUGGUAGUUGAGCACUCUUUCUGCUUCUUUGUUUAUCAACAAUGCUUUCAAAAGAUCAAGUAGAGUUGAAUCGAAGGCUGGAUUCAGGGGUUGUUAAAUUGUUUAUUGGUUCUGAUCUCUUUUAAUAUUGUCAGUUCUUAGAGGUGAAACACCAAUGUCUUGUAAGAAAAAUAUGGUUCUAUAGAUUAUAGUUCUUUAGAGGAAUGUUAUUUGUAUUAUAUUGUGGAAUGAAAGUGAUCUUUAACU